AUGACUACGUUGCGGGAGUACCAGAUGCAGGAGAGGCAGCUUCGUAGUACGCUAGAGAUGACGAAGAAAUUCGUUGAUGGCUUCAAGGAUGGCGAAGACGAAGCUCAGAUCGACGUGCGGCUGAACAUGCUGGAUGAUGCGUUGGCGAAGUUCUACGUCGUGCGGCGCAAGAUCGACGUCCUCACUGAUGUGUUCGGGGUUGAUGCUGCUGGAAAGGAGAAAACACAGGAUGUAGAGGAGCACACUAAGGCGUUAUGGGAGUUCGAGAACUUGUACUGUGAGUUGAAGGCGAAGUUGCUGGCAAAGCGGAAGGAGGAAGCACCUCCAAGCGGCACCUGCUCAAGCGAAAUCGACUGUUUCGCGCGUGAAGCUGCCCGAAAUCAAGCUGCCGUCUCUUCACUGUUUGGAGAAGCGCUUGCUGAGAUCAGCACAGUGCGCGUGUCGGAUACGAACUACCAGGUGGCGUGGGGCGUGCUGGAGAAUCGCUACGGGAACAUGAAGCUGAUCCUGAAGAGCCAUCUCGACGCCAUCUUUUCUGUUGAGCCCGUACGAGACGAGUGCUUUGAAGCGUUGAACCAUCUGCUGAGCGUGGUGGACAAGAACCUGCAGAUGAUCAACAAGCUCGGGGUGAAGACUGAGGAUUGGUCCAUCCUGCUCGCUCACGUUGUCACUAGCAAGCUGGACGCCGCAACAUUGCGCCAUUGGGAGGAACACAACAAGAAGUCCAAGGAGUUCGUGAAGUACGAGACGCUGCUGGAGUUUCUGCGGGAACAGUGCGGAGUGCUGCAGACGAUCGAUUCCAUGAAGAAAACUACGAGGAACGAGCGUCGCCCGCCGAAACACCAGUCUCGCAAAGCUCACAACCACAAAGCUCCCAGCUCGCCACAGGCCACACAGCAGCGUGCAACCUCGUCGUCGUCCCUUGUUCCAAGUCGCACAGAGGAGGUUCGAGAAGUGUUGCUGUCCACGGCUGUUGUACGGAUUUGCGAUUCGCGAGGUCACACCCUGUUCGCUCGAGCACUGCUUGACAGUGGCUCCCAGCGAAACCUGAUGACCAAGGAGUUCGCGCGCAAACUGAGAUGCAAGCCGCAGUCCGACUACCUCCGGGUGAAAGGAAUCGGCGUUGCAGAAUCCACUUCCACCCUUGCGGUGACCGCUACUGUUUGCGCUCGUUCUUCGGCGAUUUCGGAGUUCGCAGCAUCGAUGAGGUUCCAUGUUUUGGCGAAGGUCACGGCGAAUCUGCCGUUCAACAACAUCGAUGCCGAGCAGCUGAGCAUUCCAGAGGACGUGAAGCUGGCGGAUCCGCACUUCUACCGUCCUGGACCUGUGGACAUGAUCAUUGGAGCAGAGCAUUACUAUGACCUGUUGUCCGAUGGUAAGAUGAAGCUUGGAGAAGCAAGCCCGACGAUUCAGAACACCGAGCUCGGCUGGGUGGUGUCUGGCGUUGUCAACGGAGUAGCGGCGAGGCUACCACGAGUCGUAGCCAACCAGAACUCAGCAGAAGCAGAAGCAUUGGCGGAGAUCAACGAUUUACUGGCCAAGUUCUGGGAGUUGGAGUCGUGCCAGACGCCGAGUACACAUUCGCUCGAGGAGAGCGCCUGCGAGGACCUGUUCAGGGCGAACACCGUGCGCGACGAGACCGGUCGGUUCGUCCUCAGACUGCCGAAAAAGCAGACGAUCCUGCAGAGUCUAGGCGAGUCGAGAUCGAUCGCGAUGAAGCGGUUCUACGGGCUGGAAAGGCGGCUCACCGCUAAUCCAGAACUGAUGAAGCAGUAUUCUGACUUCAUUCACGAGUACCUGGAGAUGAGACACAUGGAGGAGGUGAAAGAAGACACGGAGGAGAAACAAGCGUAUUAUUUACCUCACCAUGCUGUGCUGAGACCAGAUAGUACGACCACCAAGCUGAGGGUAGUAUUUGACGCCUCAUGUGCCACGUCGUCUGGAGUCUCGCUUAACGAUGCUUUGAUGGUAGGACCGGUGGUCCAGGAUGAUUUGCUGACCAUCAUUCUUCGCUUUCGUUUGCGGAAGAUCGCCGUCGUCGCAGACGUCGCAAAAAUGUACCGCAUGGUGAACGUUCACUCAGAUGACCAGGAUCUGCAGCGGAUCUUGUGGAGGGACUCGCCGAGCGAGCCUGUGCGAACCUUCAAGCUCACUACGGUGACGUACGGAACGGCGUCGGCGCCCUACCUGGCCACGAAAUGCUUGCGCACGGUCGGAGAAGAGGUGGAAACCACACAUCCGCUGGCGGCGAAGACCAUCAAGCAUGACUUUUAUGUCGACGAUAUGCUCUCGGGAGCCGACUCGAUCGAGGAAGCGCAGAAGCUGGUUGGAGAGACCAGCGAGCGGCUGAUGGCGGCCGGGUUCCUGCUCAGGAAGUGGCGAAGCAGCGACAACGCCGUGCUGGAAGCCAUCCCCGAGGAGCUGCGAGACGAAGGAGGUGCGAAAGAGUUGGAUUCGUCGACUGCCGCUGUGAAGACACUGAGUCUGCUGUGGGACUCGAGCAGCGAUGAGUUCAAGUUCAAAACGCCGACGUGGAAUGCCGCUACGGUAUUCACGAAACAAACGGUGCUGUCAGACACAGCACGCAUUUUCGAUCCCGUUGGACUGGUCGGACCAGUUGUUCACAACAACUUCCUCCAGAAGCUGUGGAAGAAAGGAGUCGAUUGGAAAGAGCCGUUGCCAGAAAAUCUUGUGCACAUUUGGGAGGAGUUUCGACGAAACAUGAUGAGCUUUGACAACAUCGCUGUGCCACGUUGGGUCGGUUUUAGCCUGCAGUGUGUCAAGCUUGAGCUGCACGGAUUUUGCGAUGCGUCGCUUGAGGCGUACGGAGCGUGUUUUUACACGCGCAGCACCUGGAGCAACGGUGGUGUGUCGGUCAACCUGCUGACGUCGAAGACUAAGGUGGCGCCGAUGACCGACUUGAAGCGACGAACCAAGGAGGAGACGAUCCCGCGACUGGAGUGCUCGUCAGGACUGCUGAUGUGUCACUUGCUGCAGAAGAUACGCCCUCUGUUUCCGGUCGACAUCGAGAUCCAUCUGUGGACGGAUUCGAUGGUCGUAAUGAGUUGGCUGGCGUCCGCACCAUCUCGCUGGAAUCCAUUUGUGGCAAACCGCGUGUCGGAGAUGCAGCACCUGAGCAAAGGUUGUGUCUGGCACCACGUACCCGGUGUGGAAAACCCGGCGGAUCUGCUGUCUCGAGGCAUGAUCCCAGCAUUGCUCGCGUACGCAUCGCUGUGGUGGAUUGGACCCACAUGGCUGUGCUUAAGUCCAGACAAGUGGCCGCAGACGAGAAAUCCCACGCAGGAGGAGUUGGAGGCUGCACUGCUGGAGCAGAGAGCGUCGUACGCUUGCACUGUCCAGAUUCUUCAGCCGGAGCAGCUGUUCACGCGAUAUUCGUCGUUGUUUGAGCUGAUUCGAGUCACCGCACUCUGCCGCAGAUUCGCUCACAACGCUCGACCUGCCAACCGUGAGUGCCGAAAGAGCGGGUACAUCACGCACGCCGAGCACGAAGCGGCACUGCUGGAUCUGGUGAAGCUGGCGCAGAAGGAAUGCUUCCCGCAUGAGCUCGCAGAUCUGGAAAAGAAGGGAGAAGUUAACGAGACUUCGAAGUUGAACGCGCUCAAUCCUAGGCUCGUGGAGGGCGUAAUACUGGUUGGCGGCCGGCUACGAAACGCUGCAGUUUCAGCUGGGAGGAAGCAUCCGAUGAUUUUGGACAACCACCAUCCGCUAACUAAACUAAUUCUACAGCACUACCACCACAAGUACUUCCACGCUGGACUGCAGCUGCUGAUUUCUAGUGUGCGCGAGCGGUUCUGGCCGCUGAGCGUCCGGCGCGCAGCGAGGCAAGUCAUCUUCGAGUGUGUACCGUGUUUCCGAAACAAGCCCAAGGUGCAAGAUCAGCUCAUGGCCGAUCUACCCCAAGAACGCGUAAAUCCAGCUCCACCGUUCCUGAAAACGGGUGUGGAUUACUGCGGACCGUUUCAGCUGUCGUACCCCGGUCGGAAGGCGAGACCUGUCCGAUGCUUUGUAGCUGUGUUCGUGUGCUUGGUCACGAAGGCAGUACAUCUCGAGGUUGUGACCGACCUCACCACACAAGCAUUCCUGGCGGCGCUGAAGCGAUUCACCGCGCGGCGAGGAAAGCCGCAGCUGAUCAUGUGCGACAACGCGAAGACGUUCGUGGGAGCGAAGAGAGAACUGGACGACCUGGCGAAGCUGUUCUGCAAUCAACAGUUCCACGAAGCGGUGGUGAGAGACGCGGCGAAGGAGAGCAUCGAGUUCAAAUUCAUUCCGCCAAGAUCACCGAACUUCGGUGGAUUGUGGGAAGCAGCGGUGAAGUCGUUCAAGACGCACUUCAAGAAGACGAUUGGCUUGCGAGUGCUGCAGCACGACGAGUUCGUGACUGUGUUGGUGCAGAUUGAAGCAUGCCUGAACUCUCGCCCCCUGACACCCCUCAGCAGUGACCCGAACGAUCUCGACGUCCUCACCCCAGGUCACUUUCUGGUCCAAAGACCAUUGACAGCGGUGGCAGAACCAGACCUGGCGGAAGUCCCAGAGAACAGGCUGUCAGCGUGGCAGAGAACUCAGGACUUUGUGCAGCAGAUCUGGCGGAAGUGGUCAACGCAGUAUCUGUCGGACCUCCACAACCGAACGCGAUGGACGAGACAGCGCAACAACCUGUCCUGCGGAAUGAUGGUGCUGCUGAAAGAGGAGAACCUGCCGCCACAGAUGUGGCACCUAGGAAAAAUCGUUCCAUCCGUGCCCAAGGGGCACGCGCAAAGCCACGAUCAACUCAGCAACCGAAAAAUCUGCAGUAAUUCGGCCGCUGGAGUCACCCUGCACCGGUCGUCGAACAGCUUGGCCAGCUUCCCGACGAUCAACGCAGGCAGUAGCAUCGGUGCCAGAGGCACCCGCGGAGGCCACGGUGGCCUCCGCUCCAGAGUUGCAUCCGUCGUCGAGGACGACCAUCCGAGGAUCGAGAACGAGAUUGCCGCCGUCAGAGACGCCCCACGGCAAGCAGCAGCCCUAAAAUGCAGCGAGAGACGAUUAAAAGCACCGAAAACUGACCUGAAAGUGAAGAAAUUCCAUCAGCAGCCGCAGAAACAUCACGAACAGCAGCAGCAGAGCAAGAUCGUCAUCAGCCGAUCGGCGAACAAUGAGGAUGCACCUAUUGUGCCGAAGAAAAAUGCAUCGCGAUCGAAAGCGAAAGUCGCCCGCGGUCUGCCAACUCACACGCCGGCGGAUCGCAAGAGCGGUUUGACGGUCCGCCAGCGAACAUUUGUUCAGUAUUGA